AUGCCUGAAGUUACAUUUCCCGUUGCCUUGCCUUCCACCUCCAACCAUUGGAUGACGCUCCAUCGCGAGGGCCCAUUGUUCCUUUUGCAUUUGCACAACAAAGACAACCGAUUCACCACCGACUUUUGCAAGUCAAUCAUGACAGCAUUGCAAAUCGUGGAGGACAUUUCGCUUGCCACUGAUGAACCCGAGGAUAUGGCACUUGUCACCUAUGCUGAAGGCAAGAUUUACAGCAACGGCCUUGAUUUGAUGCAUGCUGUUGGAUACCCACCUUUUAUGGAGAACUACCUCUUGAUGUUGCGACGCAUGCUCACUUUUUGCAUUCCCACGGUUGCCGCAUUGAAUGGUCAUGCAUUUGCUGGCGGAUGCAUGUUGGCCCUUGCUCACGACUACCGUGUUAUGCGCAGUGAUCGUGGUUACAUGUGCAUGAACGAGGUCGAUUUGCCAUCUCCUCUUGCACCUGGUAUGGCUGGAUUGUUACGUUACAAGAUGACACCCAAGACUUUCCGCGACAUGGUCCUUCAAGGUCACCGUUUCACUGCCAAGGAAGCAUUGGAGAAUGAUCUCGUCGAUGAAAUUGCCCCCGAAAAGGAGGUCCUCGAUAAGGCCAAGGCACUUGCCUUAAAGUGGGCUCCCAAGGCCAAGUCAGGCAUUGUGUACAGACAACUCAAGGAAGAGAUGUAUACCGAUGUUGUCCGUUUGUUGAGCAUUCCUUACAACCGCCUUGCCCCCAAGAUGUAG